AUGAGAAUCACAUCGCUAUUAGUCUCACUUCAGACUUUGAUAAUCGCUUUGACUUCAGCGGUGUACAUCCCGUAUUUCGUGCAAGUUCUACCUCGUCUAUACACCACCACCAGGAGAGAUUACCAGCCUCCUAAUGCCGCGGGGGAUACGCCUCGAGUCACUAAUGUGGGCCACAUACAACCACAUUCAACUACGUGCGAUACGCCAGGCACAACUCAGGUGUGUUUAUCCGAUGACGCGUCGCUGAAGAACUCAAACUCGACUGCGUCUAGCUCGAGCAGAGCUGGCGCGGGUAGCGUUGUUGCUACUGGAUGGACAUUGGCUCUCGCUGCUGGUUUCCUAUUAAUUUAA